GACGUAGACCCAGCCAAUCAGAGACGGCGGCUGCGGGUGUGCCGACGAAAUGCAGAAAAGAAGACGUCAACUGCAGCAAGACUCCCAUCUACUCUCUCUAGUUCUUCUCUCUACACUCCAAUGGACAAGUCAAAGCUCAAAAAGGUAUUUGCUACUAGAUUGCAUCUCCACGGCUCACAGUCAGAUCCCCACAAGGCAGGCAACACUCGACGACUCGGUCAAUACAAAGCGUGAAAUCCUCAUUUUUUCAGACUUUGAUGGUACCAUUGCGCUGCAAGAUACAGGCCACCUCCUCUUUGACAAGCACGGAUGCGGCCCAGAGCGACGUGCAGAACUAGACAAUCAAAUCCACACUGGCGAGCGAUCCUUCCGUGAUGUCUCUGAAGAGAUGUGGGGAUCUCUCAAUGUUGGCUUCGAUGAUGGCUUUGAAGUCAUGAAGGAGAAACUCGUCUUUGAUCCAGAUUUCUCGGACUUCCAUGCGUUUUGCGUCAAGAACAGUAUUCCCUUCAACGUCAUUUCUGCUGGAUUGAAACCAUUGCUACGUGCAGUGCUUGAGCAUCAUCUGGGACCACAAGCAGCGAGUAACAUUGACAUCAUCUCGAAUGACUUGCAACUCUCAGAAGAUGGCAAGUCGUGGAAUGUGGUGUGGCGAGACGAUACACCACUCGGACACGACAAGGCAGCUUCCGUGCAAGCCUUCAAGACAGACUCCGCCACCCUAGGAGAAGAUGAACUUCCACCCCUCAUUGUCUUUAUCGGUGAUGGCGUCUCUGACUUGCCUGCAGCGCGCGAAGCCGAUAUCCUCUUUGCACGACGCGGCUUGCGACUCGAAGAGUACUGCCAGGAGAACAAAAUCACCUACAUCCCCUUUGACUCCUUCAAAUCCAUCAAGAAGGAGAUUCAACGGCUUGCAUCGGAGGAUAAACAACAAGCAGAGGAAACCGGUGUUCCCAAGUUCUUCAACCCGCGUGCCAACUUUUGGCGUCGUGCGUCGUCCAAGGGCGGUAAUGAUGGUGUGGUCACUUUGGCGAGUAUGAAGGAAGCCAUGAAGUCAACAAGUUCGCUACACAGCGGCAAGACGCCUGCUGCUGAGGUGACGGCUGACCCGAUGGAGGCAAUUGCAGUCAACUAGGUGCAUGGUCAGGUAUGGUGUGUUGAUUUGUGGGUUUUUUGUCCUUCUCCCGCAUUAGACCCUUUGCGGCUGCUCUGUUUAGUCGGUUGAGCAUCCUUUCAUUGUUUCUUUGUUCUACCCCUGUCGCUUUGCAAAUCACAUCUCUACUGCUCUUU